GCACGUGAGCAAAAAGCGUCAACACUCCAGCGAUGUCUUGCAAACAGAAAGGAGAUAAAACAAAAAAAAAUGUCUUUUUAUUUGUUGUGACCAUUUAUGUUUACACGUUUCAAGUUAGUCAUUCGGUAAGUUUGGGACACCGGGAGGAGGAUUUUACUGCUCACUACAUUCAAGAGUCAAACGCCGCUAGAUGGGAAAAGAUAAAACAAGACAACCGCUCACAGCCGGGACAUCCACGCACAUUCACCCAGCCGGGUCUCACGGAGCCCCGGCCUCAAUCUGCCGUCUUCCCCGCAGAGCCGCUGCCAUACUUCAGUGCUCCGACACUUGAUGAAACCAAUAACUUCGAGCUCAACAGCCUGUCAUGGAUUGUCGGUCGUAUCAGUCCGGAACCACGGUCCUCGGCUCCAGGAUCUGAAGGUGGAUAUCAAGCAGAUUUUACAGGUUUUCAUGGAGUCCAAGGGAAAGUUGUGGGCCCAUCAUUUGACUCCAGUCCACAUUUCUCUGAGUGGCUGGCUAUGAGGCCCUUGGUGCAGUGUGAUGAUAGUGUCAUGACCUUCACUGCCUCUGGAGAAGGACUCACACACCUGUUAGUGGACAGAGAGGGAGCGUCUCCCAUCUCCCUCUUCCAGUUACCUUCAUACUGUGGUUACUCAGUGAGGACGUCAUGGAGCGACCUUGAGAUGAUGGUGCCCUAUGAUGCAUGUUACAUUACACAGGAGAAUGGAAGUUAUGUGCUACCCCUGUUGUGGUGGGGCAGCCCAUUGAAGCUUUCCUGUCCUGUGCAGAUGUCCACUCCUGUCCCCUCUCUCUCCCACUCUGUCCCCUCAGUCUUCUGCUCCCCCUAUGGCAUGGCGGUGCUGAUACAUGGCCAUGAGCAGGAUGUACAAGUACUGGGAGUCAUAGUUGAUGAAGGCUGGGCUCCGUUUGUAUCUGAAGUGUGUGCAUACCGCAUCCCCUACCAUCCAGGGCAGCUCGCCUUCUUCAUCUCCUACGGUGCUGCUUGUAUCACCCGUGGUGACAAUCUUCGUCUUCACUUUAUCUCAGAUGAUCAGGAAUACAUUCUCUCCUGUCCAGCCAAUCCUCAGUUUCCCUCUCCUCCUCAGUCUCCUGUUGACCCCCAGCUACCCUCUAUCCCAGAUCCUGUCAGCCCUGCACCCACCUCUCCUCCUCCUCCUCCCCCACCUCAGCCGCCAACCCAGGAGCAGUUAGCCCAGCGUCCCGACCACCCCCACUACCCUGGAUUCCAGCACCCCCAGCUUCCUCAGGUCUACCCUCCUGGCCCACAGCCUGCCCGCCCCCCUCGACCCACUCCUGGCAGUCCUCCUGGGCCCCAGCCCCAGCAGCCUCAGAGGUCUCUCUACCCCACGGAGCCCUCUUCUCCUGGAGAAAAAUCCCCUUCCUCUCCUUACCAACCUGUUGCUGUGGUACAAGCUACAUCCUUCCCAAAUCUUGGCUCAGUGCAGGAAAGUUCUCCCAGUCAAGUUCCUAAAUUACCUGUUGGGCCUCCACAGCAUGCAUCUGGUGUGUAUUUCCCCUAUGUGCCUUUCUACUACCCUGCGGUGACGCCAGCUCCAACCUCUGCAGCUAAAACUACUACAACUACUAUCCCUCCAGCCACCCACCCACCCAAACUUCCAGCAAGUCCCUAUUACCAUCAGUAUUACUUUCCGAUGCCUUACUAUCCUGCACCCACUGCAGCACCCGUGACCCAAGCACCUGCUCCUCUGCCUCCCAGCCCACCAUCACCUCCUCCCUCUCCACCGAAACAACCUGUAGGUCUCCAGCACAUAGGUGGUCCAUUUUAUCCCUAUGCCUCUCAUUAUGAAUGGCCCUACCCUGGUGUUGAGGUGCAGCCCGCUUCCCCUUCACUUCCUGUGCAUACCAUUACUGCUCCACCUUCUUCUUCCACCACCACAACUACCAGCACUUUGAUGGUUCCCAAACAGCCUGACAGUCCCAGUUAUCCCAUUAGCCAGGUUUAUCCCCAAAGACCCAAUUACAUUCCCACACCUCCACCCCCUGCCAAAAAGAAAGCUAAAACUAUCCCUCAGGAAACUCAGCAACCAGUGGCUCCACAAGCCGUCUGCCCCCCUUAUACUCACACCAUUUGUAACUACUACCCAUAUCCCUAUUACCACUAUUAUCACUAUUACCACUCUCUCUACCCGCCACACUACCAUCCACAUUACGCUCCUGCGUCCCAGUAUCCAGAGAUUCAGCCACCAGAGACCACCGCAAAACCUUCCCCCACCACCACUACAACUCCUACCACCACCACUUCUACAGCGUCCACCACAGCUGCACCCACUCCACAGGCCCCACACCUCCAGUGUCUGAUGGGGAGGAUGGUUGCCUUCCUGCCUUUUGCUCACCCAAACUCCAUCCAGGUCAGAGACCAAAUGAAGACGUGGCUGUUUGUCUCCGCUGUGUCUCCACUGUGUGGGUACAUGCUGCAGAUGGCUGAGGGCUCUGGGGUAAUUCUUCACUCUCCCCUGCCUGCCUGCCACAGCCAGCCACGGACUCCUUCCACCAUGUCUUUACCUCUCAGGUUUUGGGACCUUUCCAUUGCACAGUAUAGGACUCUGGACUUGCAGUGUCCAUAUCAAACAGCCCCUGAAACUCCUGCACCAGUUACCCCAUCAGUGUCCCCUAUCCCACCCAGCACCACCACAAGCAAGGCCAGUCCUCUUGUCCCAAAGCCGAGAGUCAUCUGCUCCUCCCAUCAGAUGGUUGUGGAGCUCCCCUCGGGUCCCAUCUCUGGAAUUUUUGUUAAAGACAUCAAAGGGGACAAAAUGAACCUCCAGGAUGCUCCACGGCACUGUGGGUAUUCUGCAAGAAAAGGCAAAGAUGGCAAAAUCCGUUUGAGUCUCCAGUUACACUCGCUCUGCCACAUGAGUGUGCAGGGUAAAAUGUACAUCAUUGCUGUUGUCUACAUGACAGUAAACGGGAGACAGGAGGCUCAGUUUUCCUGUCCAGUCGUCGUCCUCAAGUCUGGACAAGAGUGCAACCUUCCCAGCGAACAGCGUCUCCCCUGCAGACCCAGCCUUCUAUCCCAGCAACAGUGCCUCUCCAUGGGCUGCUGCUUUAGCAAGCACCCCCCUGCCUGCUACUACCCCAUGGAUGAGUGCACUAUCGACCGCCACUUUGUCUUCUCCGUGCCGGCCUCCCUCACAGACCCCCCUCUUACCCCUGCCCUGCUUGUCGCCGCCGGCAACUCCACCUGCAAACCUCAGAGAGUGACGUCUGACUACGCCUUGUUCAAGAUCCCGAUGGAUGGCUGUGGUACACGCAGAGUGGCAGCAGGGAAAACGGUGAUCUACAUGGUGGAGGUCGUCAACAGGGUUCAAGCAAUCAGCCUCAACUAUGGCACCAUCACAAGGGAUUCUCCUGUCAGGUUGUUGGUGGAGUGUAGGUUUAUGCCCGGCAGUGUUCUGAGUGUGAGCUACUUGGUUAAAACUCCCAGCCUGGGACCUGAAGUUAAGACCCAGGGGACGUUUGGAGUCCAGCUCAGGAUUGCCAAAGACGCUAAGUACAGCAGCUACUACCCUCAGUAUCACCAGCCCCUGCAGAUGCUGCUUGGGAAACCCCUGUACCUGGAAGUGCGUCUGCUGAAUGCCCCGGACCCCAGUUUGGUGCUGCUGGUGCACUACUGUGUGGCCUAUCCCCGCUCUGGAAAGGCUGUGUGGCUGUUGUUGUACAACGGAUGUCCUAACCCCUUGGACCCAGCCCUGGAGAAGGCUGUGCUGUCGGAUCCUCGGCCACCGUCUCCUCAGGCUCAAACCCGCCGAUUCACCAUCAGCACCUUCCAGUUCCUCCCUGAUGGUGAACUGAAGGAUCAGGAUGAAGAGAUCUACUUCAUGUGCUCAACUGAAAUCUGCUCGCCGCGUGAUGGGCCCUGUGUCGAGGGAUGCUUCGGCCAGUGACGGUGAGGAAAAUGAGCACUCUGUCCUCAGAUAACCCACCACACCCUCAUGAACUGUGGAGGAUCGCAUGAAAACGCCCAUGAAUGAGCCCCAUUACGCCAGUCCUCCUCACUGGAAACCGCCAGAGAGCCAGUAGUAGCUGCACUUCC